CCAUUUUGGCUCAAGGCAUUUUGUGGCUCAAGUUCUGGGCCGUCUUGGAAGCCUGUUGGGCCGUCUUGGAGACCUACUGCCUCGAUCCCAGCGAUCUCUUAUCCAAUGGUCUCUUGUGUUGGCGUCACGUCGGUGGCGCUCGUGUGCAUGUCGGGGCUGCUCGUAUUCCUGAGCGUGGCCUGGCGAGGACCAGUGGUUCGAUUAAGUUCUGCGCUGGUAUUUGACCAGAGCAGCAUGAUCAAUGUGAGCGGCCACGCGGGCAGCACGAUCGUGAAGUCCAGGCGGAAUGCCGCCGCGGCCAAGCAUUGCAAAUCAUUGCCCUGUAUCCCAAGUUUGAAGGUUUCGAGUCGGUCGUCCAAGUUGCAGAUCAUGGGACAAGCCAAGGGCGGCGCCACGGUGUCCACCCAGAUCAUGUUCAAUUUCCUGAACAUAACGAAAACGGCGUUGGAGUUCAACGGUUGGAUUCACGAAUACCGUGUCAGAGUAUUCAACCAGGAUGCAGACCACGAAGCAUACCAGUGCUCCGAGUGCGGGCUGAAUGGCUUGAAGUGUCUCCAGAUUGUGCGCAAUCCGUUGGAUCGAGUGGUCUCUUCGUACAUUCACACCAUGAGUACCAAGAUACACACAUUUAUCGAACGCGAGAUCGCAGACUUCGCAGCAGACACCUCUUUCGCGGAGUUCAUCGCUUUCUUGAAACGCACUGCAGCAACGCGUAGCCGCUAUUGGCAAGACAUACAUUACAUGCCCCAGUGCGACGAUAUCUGCAAACAUAUUGAAUUUGACCGGGUGCAGCAUCUCCCACUCGAGAGCUUGGAUGCUGGAUUGGCUUGGUUCGGCCAAACCGAAAACAUACAGGGCCUGACCAGGAAUAACAUGUCAUCGCACCACUACGUCAAGAAGUCCCCCCGGGUGGAUCCAGGAGCAGCAUAUCUCCGCUACAGCAAGCAUCUGCAUGAUUCGCCUCCGUCCUAUGAGUCCUUUCUCGCCGAGCCCAGCAUAUUCAAGGAUGUAUGUUGUCUUUUUCGGGCAGAUAUCGAGUUGUACCGCAUGUCAUGUUCUUCAGAGUGGUUGCAGGGGUGCGCAGAAUGCGUGGACAGUUGUGCCAGAGAGCUACGGAGGUUGGCGCCCUGCGAUUAG